GUCUUGUUGACGAUCCAUGGAGCCGUCUGGGCAAGAGGAGCAAGCGGCAAUGCAGACGGAGGCGAGCGACGCAGCUCGACUUGCCGAGGGCGACGACCACCGCCGCGACGACAACGACGCCACCACAACCACAGGGCCAUCGUCGUCGACGCCAGGAGAGUGGCAGCAUCCCGCGAUCGCACUGCGGCGGGCGCGAAUGGCGAAACAAAUGCACAAGUAUCGCAUCCUCAAACGGGCGUUGCGCGGACUUGUCUAUGAGCAAGAAGUGCUACUGCGCGAGUUUCGCAAGGAAAAGCGAAAGAUUCUACACCUCACGCGAAAGAAACAUUAUGUAUUAGACCGGUUGCUGCAAUAUGAUGACAUUGGCACGUCAGAAUCCGAUGACGCCCUGCUCUCAUCCGAGGAGGAAACAACUCCUGCUGCACAAAAAGUCCUCCCCAAUCCCGCUUCAGUGACAGCCACUGGCGCGGCGGGCGGCUCAAGUAAACGCACCAAAAAAUCGGCUGCACCCGCGACAGGCAAUGGAGCCGGGCCGUCACUCAGCGACGACGACAAAGCUGCCGCUGCAGAAGGACCUUCCUCGAAGAAGCGUGCGACUCCGAAAAUCGAAGUACAAGCCGACGCUAAGUGCGCGCUGCCAGAAUGCUCCGCACCGCCGAUUGUGGCAUGCGCGUAUUGCUUGGACCACGCACCGCUCGAUGUCACGUCCGGGUAUCGAUAUUGCAACUAUGGCCGUGGCCGCGAGCGAAUCGGCGAAGUGCAGUGCACAGCCGUCGUCUCAAAGGCCAGUCACCAGUCGCUCUGCCGCCAACAUCGCUUGAUGGCCAAGCGAGAAAAAGAAAUCACGGCUGCCACUCCAGCAUCAAACACACCAGCAGAAAACACCUCCAUCGAACCAUCCAUUGCCCAGCCAGGUCCAUCCUUCGAAGCCGCCGCCCCAGACACAUCGCUCAGUCUCAAACCGAAAAUUGUUAUGAGAAUUCGCAAGAAACAGCAGCAGCCUGUCGCCAUCGCCCCGGCUACAACCCAACCUGUCGUUGAACCUUUAGCACCAGAAGCUCAGCCAACGAUUUUGCCACAGCAAAUUCCUGCGGCCUACGCGUUUUCGAGUGCCGUGCAGCCCCCAAUGAUGGCGCAACAAUACUUUUCCGCACCCAUGGCGCUUGCGUAUGCUCCGUAUCCAAUGCACAACCUCCCGCAAGCCACUGCUGGUUCGUUAAUGUAUCCUCAAGGAAACCAUCCACAACCAACCAACGGCCAGCUCAUGUAUCCGCCGUCGGUCGGGUACCUGCCGCCAGGCAGCAUGAUGAACCCGUACAUGCACCCUCAGUAGUUUGAACGUUUUUCUAACAUUAGCCUUCCGCUUGCCAUCGAGCAGGAAAAGAAAGAAAAAAGAAAUAUAG